CAUUUUCAUCAUUGAAUUUUCAAUUCUAGAGAGAGAAACUAGAGAGAGAAAAUCCCCAAUCCCCAAAAAGAAAAGAAAAAGAAAAAACCAAAGUCAUAAGAAAUUCAGUCCCUUUUUCCAAUUCUUCUUCAUCUUUUCUCUAAAAAAAACGCGGAUUUGGCAAAUUUAUAUCUUACAUUUCCAAUCAUUUUCUUGCCAAGAUCGAUUCUUUUUCCUCUUAAUCAUUCAAACAAACAAUACCCAGAAGCCAGAAAUUCUUUUCUGGGUCAAAUUCCUUAUAAAUCGGAUCUAAAAACCAUGGCAUCCGCCGCUAUAUUUUCGUCGCUAAGACGGCGGAGGUCGCCGUCGUUGGAGGCUUUCUUGGCGCCGGUUGAUUUAACCGACGUAGCCCUUGUACAGACGCUUGCAACCGUGUCAAACGAGCUUAUUGUUUGUUUCUCGGGAAAAUCUAUGUUUUUCCAGCGAGAAAAUUCUCGGUCUUUGAUUAGAAAGAUUAAAUUUUUCGUUAUUUUAUUGGAGUAUUUGAGGGAUUGUGGUUUAGGUUGUUGUAAUAAUAAGUUGUCUUCAACUGGGAAUGUUUGUUUUAAAGAGCUUUAUUUGCUUUUAUACCGUUCAAAAAUAUUGCUUGAUUAUUGUAAACAAUCUAGUAAGCUAUGGUUAUUGCUUCAAAAUCAGUCGAUUUCAGGGCAUUUUCAUGAUCUUAAUCAGGAGAUUUCGACUCUUUUGGAUGUUUUUCCGUUGAAUGAUUUUAGUUUGAGUGAGGAUGUUCGAGAACAGUUCGAGCUUAUGCGAAAGCAAGCUCGAAAAGCUAAGUUGUAUAUUGAUAAGAGUGAUGAGGCUUUUCGGGUUAAGUUGUUUUCGAUUCUUGAUGGAUUUGAGAAUGGGGUGAUUCCUAAUUUGGUAGAAUUGAGACUUUUUUUUGUUGAUUGUUUGGGUGUUAGGGAUGGUAAGAAUUGUAGAGCUGAGAUUGAGUUCUUGGAGGAGCAAAUUGUUAAUCAUGAGGGGGAUAUCGAACCGACUGCUUCGGUUCUUUACGGAAUUGUUGCGAUUACGAGAUAUUGUAGGUUUUUGUUGUUUGGGUUUGAGGAAAAUGAGGAUGAAUUGAAUUUCAGGAAUCAGAAAAAGCCUAGGAAAGGGUUGAUUACUCAAGAGAUUGCGGACACCUUUAUCACUGUACCGAAAGAUUUUUGUUGCCCUAUAUCGUUGGAUUUGAUGCGUGAUCCGGUGAUAAUUUCUACUGGACAGACGUAUGAUCGGAGUUCGAUAGCUAGGUGGCUGGAAGAAGGGCAUUGUAGUUGCCCGAAGACAGGUCAAAUGCUUGUUAACACUCGGCUUGUUCCUAAUCGGGCUCUUAAGAAUUUGAUUGUGCAAUGGUGUACUGCUCAUGGAAUUCCGUAUGAGCCUCCAGAGAGUACGGAUUCAUCUUUGGAGGGAUUUUAUUCAGCAUUGCCUACUAAAGCUGCUGUUGAAGCCAAUAGAGCUACGGCGACACUGCUUAUUCAACAACUGGCAGAUGGAUCGCAAGACGCAAAGACUGCUGCUGCGCGUGAGAUUCGUUUGUUAGCAAAAACCGGAAAAGAAAACCGUGCUUUCAUUGCAGAAGCUGGGGCUAUUCCCCACCUCCGGAAUCUGCUUUCAUCGUCUAACCCUGUUGCGCAAGAGAAUUCAGUGACAGCUAUGCUAAAUCUUUCAAUUUACGAUAAAAACAAAAGCCAGAUAAUGGAUGAAAAGGGGUGCUUGGGAUCUAUCGUUGACGUAUUGAGAUUCGGGCUUACGACGGAGGCUAGGGAAAAUGCAGCUGCAACUCUGUUCAGCUUGUCAGCUGUUCAUGAUUACAAGAAAAGAAUAGCAGAUGAGGGAGGGGCAGUCGAAGCCUUGUCCGGGCUGUUGAGAGCCGGAACAAUGCGUGGGAAGAAGGACGCAGUGACAGCCCUGUUUAAUCUGUCGACUCACACAGAAAAUUGUGCAAGUUUGAUCGAGGCCGGGGCUAUUACAGCACUAGUAGGGGCUUUGGGAAAUGAAGGAGUUUCAGAGGAAGCAGCGGGUGCAUUGGCAUUGAUAGUGAGGCAGCCAACCGGGGCUGCAGCUGUCGGUGGGGAGGAAAUGGCUGUGGCAGGGCUAAUAGGAAUGAUGCGAUGUGGGAGUCCGAGAGGGAAAGAAAACGCUGUUGCUGCCUUACUCGAGUUGUGCAGGAGUGGUGGGGCAGCUGCGACGGAGAGAGUUCUCCGUGCACCAGCAUUAGCCGGUUUAAUACAGUCUCUGCUAUUCACGGGUACGAAGCGAGCAAGAAGAAAGGCUGCAUCGCUUGCUAGAGUGUUCCAAAGGUGCGAGAAUUACGCUAUACAUUUUGGCGGAUUGGGCGCUGGAUAUGCUUUCGCAGGUAACUCUGCUUCUGGCAGAGUCGUAGGUGAUGUCUCUGUGCCAGUGUCGAUUUCAGUACCCGUAUUAUAGCGGUAACGAACAUAAUCCUUGUUGUCCCAUGCUAUUAUAAUCUCCCUUAUUUUUGAGGUUGGUAACAUUUACAAAUUCUUUCAUUAAAAUUUAUAUGAUACUACAAUUUUACAGAAAUACAAACAUCUCAUGUCUUGAAAAGAA